AUGGCUCCCUCCGCUGAACCUACAGCAGAGCUAUCGCACCUCGCCAAGGCCGACGGCUCUGCCACAUUCUCAUACGGUGGAUAUGCCGUGAUAGCCGCAGUGAACGGCCCCGUCGAGGCCCAACGGCGAGAUGAGAACGCUUUUGAGGCUCUGGUGGACGUCAUUGUUCGUCCUGCCGCUGGCGUAGGAGGAACCCGUGAGAGGCAGCUCGAGUCCAUCAUGCAGGCGGCGCUUAGACAACUCAUCCCUGUGAGAGAUUAUCCUCGGUGUGUGAUCCAGAUCACUCUUCAGGUUGCCGAGACACCUGAGAACGCCUAUGUCAAUGCAAAGCUAGUUCAAGCGCAAUUGAACCUCCCUAUCAUUCCCGCGCUUCUUCACACAGCCAUCCUAGGACUCCUCACCGCCGCCAUUCCUCUCAAGACAAUUGGCGCUGCGACUCUCCUUGCCAUUCCCGAAGAGGAGGGCAAAGACAUCAUCGUCGAUCCAACCGCCGUAGACAUUGACCAUGCCAAGUCUGUCCACGUUCUUGCCUUCACCUCUCCCGACAAUCUGCUCCUGUCAGAGAGUGAGGGAGCUUUCUCUCCCGGUGAAUGGGCCAAGGUUCUCGAGGUUGGACAGCGUAUAUGCUGUGAGCACCAGCAGCCCGGCUUCGACACAGCAAUGUCCGGUGACGAUAUUGAGUCCAAGAGCAUGCGACAGUUCAUCCGCUCAGCCAUGGAAACCAAAGUGGCGGAAGACCUGUACUGGAAAUGA